AUGUUGAAGACCGAUUCAUAUUUGCAGAAAACCGUCUCUAGACCAAGCAGCAUUGAAAAGGGUUUUCUAUUCGAAACUAUCGAAAUAGAAAAUGGAUAUGAAUGCCGAUUGACACAUCGAAUUCCAUUUGGCGCUAGCAAAAUAACAUCUGGGAGAGGUUGGGAGAACAAAAAUUGUGAUGUAACAAGAACAAUCUCAGAAAAUCAAGAACGAUGGGAAAUCUUUUCAGCUUGA